AUGUAUAAUAGCAAGUCCUACACACCUCCGUCGCACGAAUCGCAUAAUGGCAACGAGAUGCCAAUUGUGACGCCAGUGCGUGUCAUGCCUCUAGAGCCUGUGGCUUCCAGAGACCAGGAGAUGCGCUUUUUAGAGACCAAUAGACAGCUCAAAAACGAUGUAUACAGCUACUACAAUGUGUCUGGCACGAACUACAAGGGACCUCCUGAGGUUGAACGAAUCCAAUUAGCGUUUGAAUCUGGUAUUGACGAAGAAAUUGAUUAUUAUCUGGGACACCUUGUCUUCAUUUCCAAGGAUAAUCCCGAACUUCUGAAGUUCAAAAGCGGUUUUGCGUUUUUGAUUGAUCCUCUAUCACAUUUCUUUGAUUGCAAAGUUUUCGAUCCCCAUGCUGUAAAUGGGGACAUCAAUAGAUCUCUUGAUGCCGCUUUGAUAAUCCGCAAUACUGUUCAAGACAUUGAUAACUCGCAAGUCAUUUCAAUGAAUUUCAAGAUCAAGGAGGUUCUCAUGAAAAUUGUGAACCAUCGAGUUAUCUUGGAUAAUUGUUUUACCAGCGAAUCUUACGACCAACUCAAAGAGCUUCUCAGGUAUUCAAUGGAUAUCAUCGAGGCCAUCUCUUCAUAUUUAGCGCCUGCCCCACUGGACGAUCCGAUGUUUAUAUCUCUCACAAACCUUCUGCAAACUGUGCAAGAUCGAUCUGUGAUAAUCACGGCACUCAGAUCAUUGAGCAGACUCAUGUACAACACUAGAAAAGAAGGCGACGCCGCUGAUCAUCUAGACGACGAGCUUGUCGACCGCGUGGUCUCAUACCUUGCUUUUGCCGUGAAUGAGGACAAUGACAACGAUGAGUUGCUCAUCACGGCGUUGGACUUUUUAUACCAGUUUAUUCUGCCAGGACGGUCGGCGAAACUUCUAAAGAACCCAAUUAAUUGCUUUGUCUUGCAAACUUUCCUUCCAAGACUGCUAACUUACAAACAAAAGUACAAAACUGAAUUUACGCAGGAAAUGCCAAUGUUGAAGCUUGCAAAAAGAUCAAAGGGAGAGAGUCCCACAAAUCCGCCUCUUUUACCAGAAAAUCUGAUAACUGCUCUGAACAACCUUCCAGAACCUAGUAGAGCCACAGCUUGGAUGAGAUGUUCAUAUAAGGCGACUGAGGAAGGAGACGUGACACAAAUUUCCCUAUGGAGAUCAUAUGAAGCACAAUUCCAAAAGUACUCUUCAGCAGGAUCAAACUUGCGUUUGCUUCCUGCCGUCGAUUUUAUAAAAAAUGUACAACAUGCGUUCCCCAAUUCCAAUGCAAUGGUAUUGACUUUACCUGACGGAACACGAAAAUUCAUCAUUAAAGGAAUCGAACCGAGAUCUGUGCCUGUGGAUAUUGACCAGGGCAAGGUUGAGGCACUCACAGAUAGAGCUUCUGCCUCAGAUCGUGGCGGAAGUUCAAAGAACAACAUGCAGGAACCAUAUCAUCCAGUACAAUACAAUUUCAACGAUAACUUGGCCUUGACGGAAAUAAAUACCUCUGCUAGCUUACUAAUUACUGAGCUUAUGUCGACGAAAAAAGGCCAGGACCUCUUUAUUGGACAGAAAGAAAAGUUGCUAGACAGCGUGCUGAAGGUUCCAAGGCUUCUGCCUUACAUCCACGAAGCGCUUCAAAAACUUGACUAUUAA